GAGGAGCAGCUGCCCUCCAGCCCCUCCCAGCCAAUGGCACGGCCCAGGCCCCACCUAUAUAAGGCCCGGGCUGCAGGCGCCUCCUCCGGGUCAGCGCUGCGCCCAGGACACAGACAGCCCUUUCAGCACAGCCCAGACAGGCCCCCCACGCCGCCGCCAUGCCGUUCGGAAACACCCACAACAAGUACAAGCUGAACUACAAGCCGGAGGAGGAGUACCCGGACCUCAGCAAGCACAACAACCACAUGGCCAAGGUGCUGACCCCUGACCUCUACAAGAAGCUGCGAGACAAGGAGACUCCUUCCGGCUUCACCCUGGACGAUGUCAUCCAGACGGGUGUGGACAACCCAGGUCACCCCUUCAUCAUGACCGUGGGCUGCGUGGCCGGCGAUGAGGAGUCCUACGUGGUGUUCAAGGACCUCUUCGACCCCAUCAUCCAGGACCGGCACGGGGGCUACAAGCCCACCGACAAGCACAAGACCGACCUCAACCAUGAGAACCUCAAGGGUGGAGACGACCUGGACCCCAACUACGUGCUCAGCAGCCGCGUGCGCACCGGCCGCAGCAUCAAGGGCUACACGCUGCCCCCCCACUGCUCCCGGGGCGAGCGCCGUGCUGUGGAGAAGCUCUCCGUGGAAGCCCUCAACAGCCUGACGGGCGAGUUCAAGGGGAAGUACUACCCGCUGAAGAGCAUGACCGAGCAGGAGCAACAGCAGCUCAUCGACGACCACUUCCUGUUCGACAAGCCCGUGUCCCCACUGCUGCUGGCUUCGGACAUUUCCAGACCCGGCAGUGCCAUGGUUCUCGCUGAGUCCGGGGCCGAGAUGUCACCAUGCGAUGGGGAGGUUCUCUGGCCCCGAGACCGGAUGCACAACGACAACAAGAGCUUCCUGGUGUGGGUGAACGAGGAGGAUCACCUCCGAGUCAUCUCCAUGGAGAAGGGGGGCAACAUGAAGGAGGUGUUCCGCCGCUUCUGCGUGGGGCUGCAGAAGAUUGAGGAGAUCUUCAAGAAAGCCGGCCACCCCUUCAUGUGGAACGAACACCUGGGCUACGUGCUCACCUGCCCCUCCAACCUGGGCACCGGGCUGCGCGGGGGCGUGCACGUGAAGCUGGCACACCUGAGCAAGCACCCCAAGUUCGAGGAGAUCCUCAGCCGCCUGCGCCUGCAGAAGCGGGGCACAGGUGGCGUGGACACAGCUGCCGUGGGCUCCGUGUUCGACGUGUCCAACGCCGAUCGGCUGGGCUCGUCCGAGGUAGAGCAGGUGCAGCUGGUGGUGGACGGCGUGAAGCUCAUGGUGGAGAUGGAGAAGAAGCUGGAAAAGGGCCAGUCCAUCGACGACAUGAUCCCCGCCCAGAAGUAGGCGCCCAGCCCGCCCGCCGCCGCCCGCCGGAGCCCCCGCCCAAGGGAAGGAAGGCCCGGCCCACUGGAGACGCGCCCCUGCCCCCGGAGGCCGGCCUGCGACGGCUUGGUCACCGAGGGGCCCCACCCAGUCCCUCUCGGAGCUCCUCUUCCAACCAGUUCCAACCACUGGGCCCCUCCUCUGGGUUCCGGCCAAUGCAAAACCUCUACUUUCCCGGAGCUCUGCCACGGGGAGCGUCCUCCACACGUGGCGCGCAUGCUUUUUCUCCGCUCAAAGCAACAAAUAAAAGCAAUGGUGGCCUUAA